AUGGUAGUACUGGGGUCUAUCGAUCCGUUAUUCUUCCCAUAUACAUCUAAGGUCUCGCCACAAAACGCAGGAACUCAGCGGAACAAGCAACCACCCGGAUUUGCAACAGUAUCGAAUCAAAAGACAAUCACUAUUGAACUUGUUGGAUCAGAAGAUCGAAUCUUGUUGUGGAACCAGAUAUCCAAUAAACUUGAACUGGUCGAGGAUCUUACAAUCAUAUGCGCUUGCGCUACAAUUACACUCGAGGAUUCUCGCCUGAAAAACAAGGAUGUGGAUAAGAUACUUAGAAAAUGGAAGACUGGAGGAUUUCCGAAUCUAGAGCGUCUGAAGAUCCAUGGUCGAAAUAUUACAAAUAAUGGAACGACUAUUUUGGAAAUGGAUUGGAUGGAAUUAAACGUAAUGGUUAUCCAAACUGAUGACGGAUCAAAGAAUGCAACUAUCAAAACUAACGUCCGAAGUAUUGAAAUAGUGAACCAAGCGGAAGUAAAGAUGCUAAUCUUCUGUGGCCAUGAAGUGAAAACUGGUGUGAAACCAGGAUUAUUAUCUGAUACGAUUCUAAGAUCCUCAACCAAUCCAAAAUUACUGGAUAUCUGA